UUUCAUGAGUCGUGGAUACUUAUCCCACGGCUUUCACCCGACUGGGACAAGCACAAGAGAGGCGUUCGUUGCCAAGUCAUUAUUUGCGUUUGUGUGUAGCACGUACUACUAGUUCAUGAUGUUGCAACCCGUUAAUUUUACUACUGGAGGCUACCAGGCUGUCACCACCAUCCUCGGUAUCGUUGCCUUCACAGGUGGUCUCGUCUAUCUCAUCAGUGCUCUUGUCGACAGCCGCAAGGUCUUUCAGAGAUUCAACCGCGCCCCUUCGUUCAGCCACCAGCAGCAGGCCGAGAAACCAUCCGUGAAGACUGAGGAAGGGCCAAGUUAUGUGAACUCGUUUCCGCCAUCCCAGCGAGCCACACUAGCCCAGCUGGGACCCCAAUAUGCCAACGUCACUGAGGUCGACCUGGCCGCAUCUCGGAAGCCCAUCCUGAAGCUGGACGCCGACUACCGCACCGCAGACCCCGAAGAAUUCAACUUCAGCGGCUUCAGUGUCGCCGAUAUCAAGUCCCUCGGUGACUUCCCCGACUACGCGACGCUCUCUGGCGUUCCUUUGCCAUCGCCUCUGAAGAACUUUGACAUUGACAAAGCCGUCCCGCGUCCGUAUCGGCCGUUCAGAUGGGCUUACCACCAGACCAUGUCGUUGUCAAAGAUGGACACGGACUUCUGGAUCGAGCUUGAAAACACGUACAGGGACCGCAUCGCCGAGCGCCGGGAUCUCUACGCCAAGAACGGCGAGGGUGUCCUCGCAGCCUUGCCGGGCUCCGAGCUAGCCUGCAAAGAGCUUGUGGAGAUGGUCUUCCAGUUCAUCUGCGCGCGGUACCCCAACCAGUUCCAGCGCGACGGCAGCGUGCUGGUCAACAAGAUAUUGGGGACCACGACCGACCUCUCGGAGAUCGAGCCACCGAUUGCGCUGCUGGACAACGUGCCCGAGGACUUUGGCAUCAUGAUCCGCGAUCCCGAAACCGGGCGCUACGUGCUGCGGGCCGGCGUGGUAUGCUCGUCCGUCGGCUGGAAGAUCAGUGAAAAGAUGGGCCUGGGACUCCCCGGCAUACACAAGGCCGUCCCGGACUACAAGGAGAAGAUGGAGUUCAGCAUGGACCGAUUCUUCACCAAGAUGACGACGAACAAGCCGAUUCAGAGGGGGUCGUGGGGCCUCGAGAUGGGCCAGCCUCUGUUUCUGCCGUCUGAACACCCCGGGUUCGCCCAUCGCGAGUGCCAGAACCCCGAUCUGAGGCCAGAGGACGUCUACCUGCGCGUCGACUGGCAGACCCUCCGCCGCCUCCCGCUGUCUGGCGCCGUCGUCUUCAACUUCAAGGCCCUGUUUACCCCGCUGACGGACUUCAAAGAUGAACCGUACAUUCCUUCCUUGGUGCUCAAGGUUCUCAACGAAGGCAAGGAAAACAUCAUCAAGUACAAGGGAACAUGGCAUGUGGAGCACGUGGCGAAGCCGGCGUUGAGGGCGUACGAGGAGUACCAGGUCGAAAACGGCCUCAUUGAGAGGGACUGGGACGUACAUACCUUGCCCGAGGCUCCCUUUUUCAGGGGAUGGGAGAGAAAGUGGACUGUGGAGUGAAGAGGAAAGGUCAUCCAACGUAGUUGAGUUGUACAACGUAAUAAGAGGAGGCCUGUUAUAAGGGAAACCGUGCCAAUCC